GAAGCCGGCAGGGCCACAGUGAGAAACUCUAUGGGCAGGGCGACCGCACUGAGCUCGUUUUAUUUUUCCCAAUUCCGCUUUCCACUAACAUAAGCCAACGUGCCAUCAUGUUGUGUAAUAAAGUUUUUCCAUCUAUCCAUUUAAACAUGCUUGUGUACGUGCUAUCAAAUACAUGAUCAGCAACCCCGCACCACCGCAUGUUGCCUCGUUCAAUCAGAUGCUUUCUUAAACCCGCUGACACUGCACUGCGUUCCGACAGCUGUAACCAUGGCUCUAACUACAAGAAUAACCGCACAUCUGUACCUCUGUGCCAUCUGUGCUGUCAUCGAUAAAUGAAGGCCCAUAAAUGAAUGGAAAUGAUGCGUACCGAAGCAUGUAUGGGGUGGAACACAUAAAAGUCAGCUAAAUAUAAAUGAUGUCUCUUUUUCUCCCCUCACUUGAGGAAGUGGUGAUCACUAUAUUCCGCGUAAUUCCGUGAUUCCUGUGAACCAUGGCGCUCGUACUACUCAUGGAACACGCCGGAACACGGAACAACGAACACCCCGAAUCACUGGAAUCGAAACGCGAACCCUGCGAAGUGCAAGGUUACACCACUACGCGGCCUUCCUGGAUUUCCUUUCUCCACGGCGUUGCGCGCGUGCGCGGCCGCCGUGUACUGCUGGCUGCGCCCUCAGUUGCAGACGAGUUGCAGCUCGCGAGCCGUCGUCCGCCGAGGGCUAAGAUGGCGACUACGACGUCGUCGUACACUCGCACGGGCGUGCUUGAAGUGUACGCCAAACAGCAGUGGCACAAAGUGUUAGCGACGCUCGAAGAGGACCAUCUCAGUUUGUGCCUAGACGAGAGCUACGAAGUACCGCCAAUCACUAAUAACGGCACGCUUUCGGAUAGCGAACCAAGCGACAUUCCGGAAAGCAUCGCCAACACCAAGCGGGUCGUCCGAGUAGUUAAGCAGGACAACAAUGGUCUCGGCAUCAGCAUAAAGGGCGGCAAAGAGAACAAGAUGCCCAUCCUCAUAAGCAAGAUCUUCAAAGGCAUGGCAGCAGACACAACGGAACAGCUUUACGUUGGAGACGCCAUCCUGUCGGUCAACGGGGAAGAUCUGAGGGACGCAACACACGACGAAGCGGUCAGGGCCCUCAAGCGUGCCGGCAAGGUUGUUGACUUGGAAGUGAAAUACCUGCGGGAGGUGACGCCCUACUUCCGCAAGGCAUCCGUGCUGGCGGAGAUGGGCUGGGACUUUGCACCAGGUGGCCUGCUGUCCCGGGGAACUGCGGCGCCGCAUCCACAGGGUCGGCCCGACUGCCGGCGCGUGCCACUGCUGCUGUGCCAACUGGCGCGCUCGCUCACCGUACCAGAGCCGCGUGUACUUGAACUCCAUUCGCCUGACAGGCGCAGCGUGUGCCUGCUUCGUUGCGCUGACGCAGCCCAAUGCUCCGCCUGGUUCAAUGCGCUGCACGCGGCCCUGGCACGUGUCAUGGCGCAGGCCGUAGUCGAGGCCGGACACCUGCUGCGCGAUGUACUCGACCAGGCGCAACUCCAGCACAUGGGCUGGCUCUCCGAGAAGACACGGGAAGAUUCAGUGACAGCACAGUGGCGUGCUGUGUUCGUUGCAAUCACGGACAGGGAUCUCCUGUUUUAUGACCUGGUUCCCUGGACCAAGGAGGCCUGGGCUGUGCCUGUGCACAGUGUGCCUUUGCUUCACACUAGGCUUGUGACAACAAGUUCUGGCAGGGUCUCCGUGGGACCAUCAGCUGGGGGCGAGGCAACCACACUGACGCUGCGACUUGGCACGCGCCAGGGAGUCCAGUCACGGCUCAUGCGUGUUGAAACCCACCGAGACCUGGCAGUGUGGGCACGCCACCUGGUGCAUGGUGCCCAUCUUGCUGUGGCUGCCGCCAAGGAAGUGCGUUUUGCCUGUCUUUUCCAAGGCCAGGAAUGCACUCUUACAUUACACUAUGAAGAUGGCUUUCUUUUGCAAGAAAACCGCAGGCAACUGACCCUCUGGCAGUUUUCAUUCGAAAGACUACGAAAUUCUGGUGAUGAUGGCAUGCGUCUCGCUUGGCUUGACUUUGGUGGAGAAGAUGGAGAAAAGGAGCUGGACUUGAUGCAGUGCCCUAAACCAUUUGUGUUCACACUGCACACAUUCCUGUCUGCCAAAGUAACCCGGAUGGGCCUUGUGGCAUGACAACUACAGGACCACCACGUCGCAGCAGCUGCUCCGUUGGUGCAGCAGCAGUGGCCCAUCCUGGGAUGCUGAGCCACACCUAGGAAAAUAGCAGCUGUGCCUCUGUUGCCAGGACUGUGUAAAAAGACAAGCCAGAGCAGUGAGUGGGCUUAAAGUGGGGCCAGAACAUUACUCCUGCUCGUGAAUGCAUGGGGUGUAACGACUAUGGCUUCAUGCAGGUGAGGCAGGCUAUGUAGCCCAACCACUGCUCUAGCUGCCAUUCGUGUCCAUGCAACCUUUCACGGCCUGCAGAUGCCCUGGCAGCAGAUGUGCCUGCACUAACAGCCGCAGGUGAAUUUUGUCACGCAUCGUGGUGGUCUCACAGGCUUGUUGCCUGGGAACACACUAAAAAAAUACAACUGGAGAGGACCCUCAGGGGGCCAGCAUUUACACAGCGUCUAAAGUUUCUACCAAGCUGCCCUUAAGGGACACUGAAGGAAGGAGCUUAAACGUGCUGCCCAUUUAACAUGCACUCCAUCAGUUGUGACCCGGUGAUCGUCGGGGGUGCAACUUUUCAUCAUCUCACACAGCAGCAUUCCUUCAAGGGACAAGAAAUUACAUCUGUCAUAUAGUGGAAUUGUAAUGCCUCGCGUCAGCGUGUAGGGAAUGAAUGCUAUGAAAAAUGUCUAUGUAGCUAAGUAGCAAGCUUUUUAUCAGAUUCUCUGUGUUUAUUGGCGUUCAGCUGCCAAAAAAAAAUAUGCAGAAGAAAAAACAAGAAACCUUUUUUUGUUGGAAGCAAGACAAAAAUCUGUGCUGCAUCACCUGACAUGUCUCAACAGGUGGACUUGCACCGUACUGUUGCUGCAUUCCAAGUGCAGGUCUUCCAGUUGAUGCAUUUGUGGCAUGAGUGGCAAUGCCUUACCUUUAGUUCUUUAGCUAUA